UCUAUGCUUACUUGGCCAAAGUCAACAACUUAGUUUUUUUUAUAUAAUGCAAAGAGAAAUAUUAAAACAUUCACAAAUCUGACCCACCCCAACAAGUUGUUAAGUUUAUUGAUAAGAAAAUAAACUGAAGAUGGCUUCUUCUUUUGCUCCUUCAGCUCUUCUUCUUGUUUGGGUAGUAAUAGUCAGUACUACCAUUCCCUCUUUAUUAUCCCCAUUCUUAACCUUACCGGCGGCAGAAGCUCAGGCGUUCAAGUGCAACCGGCGGGGCGCAACCUGCGACGCCAUUGUAGACUACAUCUCCCCCAACGCCACCACUCUCUCCGCCGUCAAAUCCCUAUUCAACAUAAAAAAUCUCCGAUCCAUCCUGGGCGCCAACAGCCUCCCGCUCAACACUCCGGGCAGCCAAACCCUCCCGGCGAACCGGACACUGAAGAUUCCGUUCACGUGCUCGUGCGCCAACGGCACCGGCAGGUCCAGCAAUCGCCUCCCCAGCUACACGGUGGCCCCCGGGGACGGCCUGUACCACAUCGCGGCGGAGGUGUUCGGGAACCUGGUGACCUUCGGGGAAAUCCAGGCGGCGAAUAACAUACCGAAUUCGAACCUGAUUGUUCCGGGUCAGAAAUUGUGGAUCCCGCUGCCGUGCAGCUGCGAUGACGUGGAGGGGGAGAAGGUGGUUCACUACGGCCACGUGGUGGAGGCCGGAAGUUCCGUGGAGGCGAUUGCCGGGCAGUACAACGUAUCGCAGGAUUCUCUGCUGAAGCUGAAUGGGUUAAGCAGCCCCAAGGAUCUCAUAGCUGGAGCUAUCCUUGAUGUUCCUCUUCCAACAUGUAGAUCAGCGAUAAGCAACGCGUCACUGGACUACCCACUGCUUGUUCCAAAUGGGAGUGUAGUGUUCACGGCUGGCAAUUGCGUAUCUUGCAAGUGUGACGCUCCGGCCGCUACCGCUGUAAAUAACUGGAAUUUAGAAUGCCAACCCACACAGCUGAAAUCGUCAGUUUGGUCAAAAUGCCCGAGCACGUCGUGCCAAUUUGGAGGUUCAGUUAACGGUGGUAGUAGCUGCGCCGGCGGGGGUAACACAACGUCCGGGGCGUGUACAUAUGCUGGCUACACCAACCAAACCAUUCUCACUGCCUCCCUUGACUCAACCUGUCCCCAGAAGGAUGGCGGAUCUGCAUUAAGACCUCAAUAUAAUUGGAAAUGGCGCUUGAUGCUCACCUUGUUGUGUUGGACGGUUUGCAUUUCAAGCAGUUACAUAUUUUGAUUGUGAGUAAAGUCAUUAAGUUGUGUGUGUCAUGCUAUUCUCCUCUCCUCCUUUUUUGUGUGUAAUCCGGCCCAAUUACGGUUUAAUUUAUUUUGCUUUAGUCAUCAUCAACAUAAUUAUCAUCCGAGGUUUGUAUUGUAUCACUAUUACUGCGUAGUUGAUUUUAUCCAUGUGCGGCACAGAUAUUUACACGCCUAUCUAUUGUUUUCUUAUGUUUGUGUGUGAUUGGUUAUCUGCUUUCACUACAUAUGGAAGCAUUCAUGAUGAUGAUAAUGAUGAUUACAAAUGGAUGUACUUUGAGUCGUAAUGUACUUCUUUACUAACAAGUACUUUGAAUAAUCAUAAUGAUUCCCCGG